AAGUUUAUCUUGACCAAAUACACAAUAUAUGUGACCAACCAGAGAAUGUAUAUUGUGGGCAGUAAUUCUAGAGAAUCUGUAUUUCGAAUACUGGAAAUAGACUUAACAAAUCCAAACACUUUGACCAUUAUGGAAGAUAACGUUUAUUUCACAAGGAAUGAGAUUAUGGAGGUACUAAACGGUAUAGAAGAUUCAAGUGAGGGAGGACUAACAAAGAAACUAACUGCUGUGGGACUAUUGGGGUUUAUCAAAUUUACUAAGCAUUAUUAUCUUUUGGUUGUUACUAGGCGUAAAGAAGUGGCGGUUCUUGGUUCGCAUGAGAUCUACCAUAUUGAUGAAACAGAGUUGAUUCCCGUAACCAACAACCUGAAGGUACCAGAGAAAAAAUCCACUGAAGCCAGAUUAGUGCAAACUUUUCUGAACAUUGAUCUUAACAAGACAUUUUAUUUCAGUUACAGCUAUGAUUUGACGAACUCUUUACAAACUAAUAUGAUCAGGAAUAAAAGGCAAUCUUUAAGAAUGAAUGGCAAAACAGAACUAUCAAUGGUGUUUGAGUUCAAUGAAAGGUUUAUGUGGAAUUGUGCAUUAUUAGAACCCGUCUUUCAGUGCUUUGAUAAGGUGUACGAUUGGUUUCAGCCGAUAAUUCAUGGUUUCAUAGAUCAGGUUAAAAUGUCAGUUUUUCAGAUUCAGGUUUAUAUAACUCUGAUUGCCAGAAGAUCACACAGGUUUGCAGGAGCACGAUUCUUCAAGCGUGGUGUGAAUGAUGAUGGUGAUGUUGCCAAUGAGGUAGAGACUGAGCAGAUCGUUUGUGACAUGCUUACAUCCUCUUUUCACGAUCCAACUGCUGGAUUCUACAACAAUUCACGAUAUACCUCGUUUGUGCAACAUAGAGGAUCUAUACCGUUAUCCUGGUCUCAAGAAACUGCUCCAAAUAUUCGAAUGACAAAACCACCCAUCGAAAUGAACGUCAUUGAUCCGUUCUAUACCAAAGCUGCUUUACACUUUAAUAAUUUGUUUGAAAGGUAUGGAACUCCCAUCCAAGUCCUAAACUUGAUCAAGCAAAGAGAGAAAACACCUCGUGAAACCAAAUUGCUGGACGCAUUUAAUAACUGUGUGGAAUAUCUCAAUCAGUUUUUACCUAAAGAGAAGAAACUUGAUUAUGUUUCCUGGGAUAUGUCGAGGGCAGCUAAAUCCAGAACUCAAGAUGUUAUCAAAUGGUUGGAAAAGUAUUCUGAAGAAACUUUGACGAAGACUGGAUUUUUUCACAAUGGGAAAACAAUUUCAGACACUAAGCUUCAGGAAGGCGUUUGUAGAACUAAUUGUGUUGAUUGUUUGGAUCGAACUAAUACGGCACAGUUUGUUAUCGGCAAAAGAGCACUUGGUCAUCAGCUUCAUGCUUUGGGCAUUAUUGAAGAAAAAUAUUUGGAAUAUGAUAGUGACGUCACAAAUAUUUUGACAGAAAUGUUCCAUGAUCAUGGUGAUACAAUUGCUUUGCAAUACGGUGGUUCACACUUAGUUAAUACCUUGCAAACGUAUAGAAAAAUCAAUCAAUGGUCCUCACACUCUAGGGAUAUUAUUGAGUCAGUCAAGAGGUUUUAUAGUAACUCAUUUGUUGAUGCUCAAAGACAAGAAGCAAUCAAUUUGUUUUUGGGGAACUACGUUUUUGCUUCGGAUAAACCAAUGUUGUGGGAAUUGAAUACUGACUAUUACUUGCACAAUCGAAAAAACAUUUCUGAAUUGAAUGGAAGCAACUCGUACACUCACUGGUAUAACGACUCUUAUCUCGUUAACCGAAAAGAAAGUCUCAAAUCUUUAUGGGAAACAACUAUACAAAAUAAGUAUAUUAUGGAAUUACAGGAAAGGGGGUUGCUUGUUGUCAAAAUUGAUCCUUAUGUGGGGUGCUUCGAGAAUUACUGGAACAUUAAAUAUGGAUCACGAAACUUUGUGUCUUUAAAUGAGCUUUUUGAAUUCAAAAUGAAUUCAACA